AUGACUUCCCCAGCCGUCUACGUCUCAAACAACGAAGACGACAGUCGAGGAAUCCCUGUUCCCAGAGGGAACGAAGUCUUUACCCAAAGGGGAGAUAAAUUCGGUCCGCAUUUCAGGUCUCAAUCGACCCAUGCUUCCCUUAGCGCUCUUCGUCGCCUUUGUAACAUUCCUCAAGAAAUAGAAUUCUCUCAUCCUAGACCCAACGAGUCUCAGGAAAUAGUACGAGAAGGGAACCAGAUUAUUCCUCGUCCAACUGUUGAUUUCUUAUCUUUCUUUCGAAUCGUUUCCGAGGGUGAAACAAAUUGGAAUUCCUUCACCCUUCAACGUAUUCAUAAAACGGGGCUCGCUAUCAAAGAUGGUCAAACUCACCCUCUCAAUCCUCCUUCUGAAGAAAAAGACGCCUCGAGCCUGAAUGCUCGGGAUAAGAGAAAAAUGCUUGUCGAGACUAAGGUUCUUAAGGAUCAAUUAUCCGAAAUCGGGAAAAAGAAGCGGAUAGAUGCAAUCUCCAGGGUUGGUAACUUCCACAGGAAGACCCUCUUGGUUGAUGACGGUUCCUUAGAAGCGGCUUUGUCAAUUGCGGUGGAUACUCAUGGAGCCGAGAUUCCUAACAACCCUCCAGUUGCCACCGCUAUUUGCCCUUCCGCACAAGAGAGAGAGAGAGAGAGAGAUGUAACUUCUUCUCCUUACACAAAGAGGAAGGCUCCAGACUCAGAUACUUUAUCAAACGAGAAACUCAAAACCGUUAGAUUAAGUUCUCCGUUACGAGCCCCUAGCCCUUUGCAUUCUGUUUUCCCCUCUUCAGAACCUUUAGACUCUGAGCUCCCUCUUCCGGGAGACAGAGUAAUUCCAGAAGAAAUCGACGAGCCGAGACCGGAGGUUCCCUCGUCUCAAGGAUUGAGUGUUAGCACUCAAAACCCUUUACCCGCUUCGAUUUCUGAAACUAGCGGAGAAGAGAUUGGAGACAUCUUCCGAAGUUUUCAAACCAGGGGAGGGGCAUCCCUUCCCCCUUUUUCGGUUUGGAGGCCGGAAAUUUGUCAGAUGUACAUCAAUCGAGCCUACUACCUAUCCCAGGCGUUUAUGGAGACUAAUGGAAUGAUCUUCCAUUAUGAGAACCUUCUUCACCAAGCGAUGAGAGAGACCGCAGAGGCUAAUAAGGAGGUUGAUGAACUUAAAUUAGUCAAUCAGUCUGAGCGACUCGAGAAGGCGAAAGCCCUCGAGUCGUCUUUUGAGAAUAUGAAGAAGACUCUGGCAGCUAACGAGCAACGCAUCAGAAUUGCGAAUGCUGAAAGAGAUUUUGCGAGGUCUAAUGCUCUUCGCUUGAAGACUGAGUAA